CGCUGUACACCACCGGGGCAGCCUAAUCAUGAGCCGCGUUACUCCUUCAGACAGCUGGCAACGAGCACGGUCCAAGACUGCAGCCAUAACAGCCUUCAAGCGACCAGUGCGACCGGUGGCCACAGGCAGCCGCGUCUCGCAGAAGCUCUCCGGCUCGUACAUCUACUUUUUGGUUCUGGAGCGUUCGUGGUACUACGCCGUCACGCUCGCGCUCGGCCUAUACGUCAUCAGCAUCGUAGUCUGCGCUCUGCUCGCGACCACGGCGCGCCUCGCGAACACGCAGCGAGACCUGGAAGAGGACCUUGAUGUCGUGGCCCCGCGCUGGGAAAAGUGUCUCCGAUUUGCCGCCGCCCAUGUGCUCACGAUGAGCUGGGGCAGCGUCGUCCCCGUCGACAGAUGGAGCCACGUCCUCUCCUGGCUACAGAUCGCGCUCGGUCUUCUGGUGAACGUCUUUGUGUUUAGUGUCGUCGUCGCCAAGUUCCAAGCGCCGCAAUCGGAUCUGGUGUGGAGUCAAGGCUGCGUUAUCCUAUCCCGGGACGGCGUCCCGCACUUACUCAUGCGCGUGGGGAACCUGCGGUGCCACACUUUGUAUUCCCCGCGCAUUCGCUUAACGCUAUUGAGGCGCCAUGUCACGCAAGAGGGCGAGAGCUACUUUCGCCGGGAUGAUCUCAGUGUGGACCAGCCGGCGACGAUGUCGGGGAUUCACACCGUUGCGCAUAGCAUCAGUGCGGAUUCGCCCCUCCGCGAGCUUCACGCAAGCGGCGCGCUCCAAGGGUCGCUCAAGGGCGCCGGCGAAGCCCUGCUGAUUCAUGCUGUUGUGCAAGCGUUCGAUAACGUGUAUGGAGGCGACCUCAGUGCGACGCACACCUAUGGCAAGGGAAGCCUGCUGGAGGGUGCCUUCGCGGACAUGAUUCGGAGCGAAGGCGGCCGCACGACGAUCGACUGGGAUAAUUUUAACGCGACGAGACCGCUGGGCUCGCCCGUACGGGACGCUGAUCCCGAGCCGCCCGAGCCGCGGCCAGGCCGGCCCUACAUUUCUUGUGGAUCUGCGCGGGCGUCGUACGGCACGGGUGGAGCACUCGACGGCGGCGCCCCUAGGUCGGCCCUGGAACCGUAUUGUCCCUACUCGACGCGCCUGUGUCUGCUAUUAGCUGAGGGCGGUGUGGACUUCACGAUGGUGAAGAUCGAUCUAACGGCGGUCCAGGGCUGGUAUUCGGCGGCAUUUAAGCCCGGAGACGCGCCCGCGAUGUGGGGGACUCCGGGCGGCAAAUCGGUGUCAGAUGGCUGGGUCGGUGGGUCGAAGGAGUCGCGCGCUGCGUAGAAAUCAAUUGCAACGCGCUACACGCCAUCGACGCGUCGGCUUGGUGGCGUGGGACUCACUGGAUUCUUUGCACACAGGUGCCGCGACCGCGCCGUCGCGGAGCACGAGGGCGUGCGCCUAGCAAAUGAAGCAAGGGCGUCCGUGAGCGAGGCGGAGGUCGCCGCCUUCGGGGAGACGCUCAUCUUCGGCGGGCUGGCGCCUCGCAUCGCCGGCUCGACGCAUCCAAAAGGUUCCAAGGUCGCCGCGUUUAUGCUAAAAAAAACGCUGGGGGUCGAAACGGCGACGGCGCUGCUCGCGCGCGACGAUAAGGACGAGGCAAUGGACGAGGCUCGUGGUCUGUGCCGAGACCGACUCAAGGUGGCGCUCCGCGAUGUGUCGAAGCUCCUGGCCGCGGCGGAGGGACAAGGGGGGUUCUUAGGCGGGCAGGAUCCGGACCCCUCGGACAUAAACCUCGGAGGCGCCGUCUACACGGUCAAAGCCCUGCUCGACUCGGGCCUCGCUGCCGAUGGGAAGAUGACCCCGGAGCUCGAACGUUACCUGGAGCGGUGGUGUCGGCGCGACUCGUGGGUUGGCUUCCGGCGUCCUGCGAAGAGCCUUCAUCUUGUCUCGCGGCGAUGGCGUGCACGCAUACGCCAUCGCCGCGACUCAUCGCCGAUUCCCCGCAGCUCAAGGUCUACGGCACGGGCCAGUUAUUCAACGCGGUGAUCGUGCGGAGCUUCGCGAACAAGCUUUGCACGGUCGCGCCCGACGUGUGUUCCCCGGAUAGCGUGCGCGAAGCCUGCGACAAGGCCCGCCGACUCGAUCCGCGGUACCAGGCGCUCCUCCAGACCAAUACGAAGGCGUGCACACCGCUCGGGGGCGACGACGACGGCGCGAUUUGUAUUUAAUGUUGAUGA